UUUAUGAAAGUCGUAAAAUGGACUAAAAUUGGAUCGAGAUUUAGUCAUGGUAUAUUUUGUUUUGACGUUUAGAGCGUCAAUUUUACUAUGGGCGUUAUUUGCAUCAACAAGUUCAGAAAAAAUAAAAGGACGCCUACCAGACGUGGGCAUAAUUUCCAGUUUUCUAGAACAAUUUAUUAGACCUUACAUAAACAGCUUCCGGGUGAACAAGCCCAACCAAAGAAGCAAAGAUGAAUCUAAAGUGGAAAAGGCUAUACGGCAAAAAAUUGCUGCUUUAAAACCAAUGCUACAAGAUAGCGAGGAAUCGGACAAGCCAAAAGUCGAAUCAGAAAACAAUCUAACAUUAGAAGGGAAUGACGAGACAACUAUAAUCGAAUUCUUACCGAAAGCGAAGAUUAAGAAUAAGAAAGAAGAAAAGCCAUUAUUAAGAGACGUUAAACAGGAAGAUCCAUUUCAGAAGAACAUACAGAAAUACAAACAAUUGAGGCAGGAUAUAAAGAAGAGGCUCGAGAAGGAAAAAACAGCGACAGCUACGAGGAAGCUUAUAACAAGAACAUUGGAUGAAAUGAUAGCUCAGAUGAUAGAACGACAGUGCACAUGGCAGACGGUAGACACGACAGAAUUGAAGAAUAAGCUAUUCAAGGGGCCGAAGAACGCACGAAGGUCCAUGACCCAGCUAAAAAAACUAUCCAAUGACGACUGGAUGAGUCUAAGGAAACAAUACAUGAAUUUCCUCAAGUUUAAUCACGGCAAAGAAGAUGACUUUAUGAGACAAUUCCAUGAUUUCUUCUCCAACGUCAUGAAUGAUACAUUAAACCUGUCUACCCGAUACAAAAUACGUUGUCAACUCAUCAAAGUAGAUGACAACAGACAAGCUCUAAGACAAAACAAAGUGGUUGAGAAAAAUCCAUGUGAUAGUUUCAAAGUUUGUUCUGAUGAGCUCAGGGAAUUCCUAACCAACUUUUAUACUUAUGUUAACGAUACUGCUGUUAGCACUUUUAGAAAUUAUGCAGCUAUGUAUAUCAGAGACGUGAAAUCAGAUAUCGAAAUUGACAAAGAUACCGUACUGUCAACAUGUGAGAAGAUAAGCAAUACCGCAGAACGGAAGGUCAGUAAAAUAUUCAGGAAACAGGUAGAAAAUUUCACGUUAGACGAGAAUAAGAAUAAAGUAGCCAACAUACAACAUAUCGGUGAUUUUAUCACAGCUACAACAGAAGAAGUUAAGGCUACACUCAAAAAGAAUUUAGAAUCGGAACUGGGAGCUAUGAAAACGAAAUUAUUUGCGACAGUCAAAGACGAUCUAGCCGUUAAUUUGAAAGUGGAUAUGGAAAAUCUUGGUAGACUUUUCAAUGAUAGAAUUUGUACUCUUUUCGUGCUAUGCAAUAGCAGAAACUCGGCUAGGAGGCAAGGAAAUCCUUGGACGUUCACACCGAAAAACACUGAAGAUAUUUAUGUGAAAGUUCAACUGACUUUUGAUGACGAAUUGAAAGAUUCUUUGAGGUUUGGUAGGCAAAGAAAAUGGCAAGGCGACAUGACGCACAGAUUCAAUAAAAACUUGGCUGCUGUUGAACAGAGGAGCAUCGAGUACUACCCGACGUCAUAUAACAUCUACAAGCAGUACUAUUCAGCCGUCUGUGUUGCCUACGAAAAUAAGACUGUUUAA